ACCAUGGUGGAGACUUUAGCCGUGGCUGUCCUGGGAGCGCCGAAAGUGGGCAAAACGGCCAUCAUCCGCCAGUUCUUGUAUUACGACUUCGUGGAGGAAUACAGCCCCACGGAACGCCGCUACGCCUACAGGCCCUCGGUCAUUUUCAACGGGAACAUGUACGACAUGAAGAUCCUGGACAUGCCCUACUUAACGGCAUUCCCAGCCAACAGCUCUCAGGAAUGGUCAGAUCUCAAGUGCCGGGGGCUGAGGAACGCGGAUGCCUACGUGCUGGUCUACGACAUCUGCUGUCCCGAAAGCUUUGAGUAUGUGAAAACGAUCCACCAGCAGAUACAGGAAAACAGGGUGAGCAGCGCCAGCGAAGCCCCGAUCAUCGUGGUGGGGAACAAGCGGGACCAGCAGCGGCAGCGUUUCAUGUCCCGGCGGGCGCUCUCGGUCCUCGUGAAGAAGAGCUGGAAGUGUGGCUACAUGGAGUGCUCCGCCAAGUACAACUGGCACAUCGUCCUCCUCUUCAAGGAGCUGCUGUGUAGCGUCCUGGCCCAGGGCUGCAAGAACCACCACUCCACCAUGCGCCUGCAGGGGGCGCUCCACAGAAACCGGUGUAGCCUUAUGUGAGAGGGCGACCGCCACAAGGGGGCGCAAGCCCUGAACCCUUUCAACAGCGCACGGCGGCAUCCAAAAUGGCGGGAGACCAUUUGGGGGGUUGAGAAAAGGGGCUUGGGCAACGUCAGGGAGGGCAGGUCGAUCAAUGGCUACUCGUCUUGAUGGCUAUAGGCCACCUCCAGGCUCAGAGGUAGGAUGCCUCUGAAUCCCAUCCAGCAGGGCAAUUCUUGUGAGACUUGGGACCAUAUCUGGAUGGCCGUCAGGCUCGUGGAAGCCACCUGAAAGUGCGGUCUGUUUGCUGCUGUCAACCUCCAGAGAGGGACGGCCAGAUUGGCUUUUUUGAAGCCAAAUGUUGGGUUACGGCCCAUUUGACCCAGGAGUAUACCCCUCAGGCGGGAGGGGUGAUCUUGGGAUUCCCCCAAUAACAUCCACAUGUUUCAGGGGGACCCUCCUCUUGAAGCAAAACAGCAAGGCCCGGCAGGCAGUCAUGCUAGGAAUGGCUUGGACCCAGCACUCGGCCCUCCAGGCUACACUGCCUCUAACCGUGGAGGCUCCAUUUUGCACCGGAUCCACAGAGCAGCUCUGUUUCCUGCCCCGGGUUAAUCAGGGUAUCCCCUGAGAUUUCCCGUUUUCCCCAGGCUGGCCCUGUCUCUCAGGCAGUUGGCCGUGUCUACCAUUGUGUGGCGGAUCUGGCCCUUUGCAUGCUGACACACAGCACCCUCCUGCUCAAAUGUGUGCAUGCAAACUGCUUGCUGUUACAGAGGGCAAAAGCAUCACCUUUUGGGUCCCGUGGGGCCGGCAAUUUCCAGAGGCCACUGGGGGCGGUGUGAAUCCCACCCCAAAACUGGGAAGAUGGAGGGGGUGCUCUUUUCUAGGCCCGGAAACCACUACUUCUCUGCCUGGAUGGGACAGGAAGUCCUUUCCACGGGGGCACCUGCCUUCUCAGGGAUUUCUCAGGAGCUCACCUGCUGGUGGCCACCUUUGCCAGCCUAACCCUAACCCUCCAGCACCCCCUGAAUGGCCCCGGCUUGACUGGGCGACUCUGGUUCUAGACUCACCUUGGCAAAUGCAGAUCAGGAUGCUUCCAUUCCCCCAAUCACCGUGCACUGAAAAAAGCGUGUGUGAGGAAAAGCAGGCCUGAUCAAGACACUCACUUUUUAAAAGAAUUACAGUAAUGAGGGUGUGUGGGUGUCCCCAUCAAACAAACAUGGGAGGAGACCCAGAUUCGAGGGCAGAAGAUUCGAGCUCGAAUCGAAUCAGGCUGACUGGAUUCAAACUCGAAUCGUAUCGCAAAAUUCGAUUCAUGCACAUCCGUAAAAUUAGAUAAAACAAAAAAGGACUCAGGAUAGUUAAUUCCACGCUGCCGUUUCUCGUCAGCAGUGAAGAUAGAAUCAAAAUCCAAGAAAAAUAAAGGACAUGCUGUAUAUUAAA